AUGGUUGUACAAAAAACACAGUGCAAGGUUGCGAGUUUGGCGGUUCUUUGGGCCAACUGCGGCAGCGCAGUCCUUAUCGAGGGCGGCCCGAGCACCUUCGGCUACGACGCCUCCUCGUCGUGCAGUAAACCGUCCUCGCGCACGGCGCGCGCCCGCCUCGACCUGCCCUGCGACUUCAGCCGGGAAAAUUGGUGCGCCAUCGCCGGCAACGCUUACCCGUGGCAAGCGGUGCGGAGAUUCGUGCAGGAGAACCAGGGCUUGAUGAGGCGCAUGUACGGCGACGAGAAGCACAUAAGCGUCAUUAAAACCGAGUUCGAGAGGAACGACGUCGAGCUGGAGUUCGAGAACGAACCGAUUCGCUUCUACUACGACGACCCAAAUCUGCUUUACAGGCAGUUCCCGUCCGAGGUGGACUACAACCACGUGGCGCCCCGGAACGAGGACAGGUACGGCCGAUCGCUCAACACCGGCACCUCGAGCAAACUCGCGCCAACCCGGAACUCCCACCCGAACGAGACGCCGAUCGCUGGGUACGCGACCUCGACCGCCACCCCUGCAGAUACGAUUGCAACCACAUCGGCGAGUAGCGAAGACGUUGGCUCGACGUCGCAGGGGCCGCAGAACUCGAGUACGAGCAACUCCAGUGCCGAGACGACGACGGUGAAAGCGUCCCCGAGCGUCGAGCCAUGGAGUACGACGCCGGGUGUGCCGGGCGACGGGACGGUGGUGCCGAACCUGGUGGCGAGCCUCGAGCAGAUAGCCAACGUCCAGAGCGUCAGCACGAACGAGAUCGGCCAGCCAGGGCAGGUGGACCGGUUGGACGACAACGUGGACGAGCUCGAGGAAACGACAACUAGGACGUCGACCGUUCCCGGUGGGGGAGGGGAGGAGGAGGAGGAGUCGUCAAGCGCCGAGGUGGUCGAGGAGUCCGCGGAGGCCAGUGUGUCGCAGUACCAGGAGUUCCGGCCAAGGCCCAGGCCGGGGUUCAGACCCACCAGUACCACCACCGCGAGCGCCUCGAUGGAGGGACAAUUGUACCAGGAGGUCGCGUCCAAGGACAAGCAGCAGGAGCUCGUUUUGAAAGUUCGGGGCAUAAACGCCUGUCCGGUCAUGGAGGAGGUCGUGGCGCCGUUCUGGGCCAACAACACGAGGGGCGAGAUGCUCGCCCUCCUCAAUCUCUAUCCCUUCGAGCAGUACGUUCACUGGGAAAAAUGCUCUCAAGAGAACAAACAGAUGUACUGCAGGGACGGGUGCAGGUGCGAGCAGCAGUACAGGCUGCACCGGCUACUGGCUUACGACCCGAGCAACGAGUGCCGGGGUAUAUUCAGUGAUUGGUUCAAGUUCCCGAGCUGUUGCAUCUGCCGCUGCUACGAUUUGCCGCUCGAGUUUCGGGUGACCUCGCGCUCGCCGCGGUACACACCGCGUCGCAAGGUCAAGGUCCGAGGCCCGGCCAAACCGCCCCGGCAACGGCAGCGACGCACCGGGGGCUUCGACGUCUGA